GGCGUACAGAGUAAGGCUCGGCCGUCUUUACAGAAAGAGAUAAAUCAAACAUUUUCAGAGUUCAGACGUAGUUGUGUCGCCAAGUUAAGUACAUCAACAUGGCCAGCGUUGUAGUUGAAGAAAUCGCUGCGAACUUGCUCAAAGGAGUCAUAAGUGGUAUUGGAAGUAAAGUGGGAGCAGCAAUGUUCAACAGUAUCUUCGCUCAGAGUGUCCCCAGCUACUUUACCGAAGUUUACAAAGAGAUCGAAAAAAUAAUGCAUCAAGAAAUAACAGAGAACACAAUCAACGAAAUUGACGGGGAGAUAAACGGAACUUCGACGUGGGUCAAAUUUGAUUACAACCCCCGAAAAGCUUCUGGUGCAUCUAAAGAUGAUUUGCAUAGUCUUUUAGAACCAAAAGUCAGUGAUUUAGCAAUCAACAUGAUCGCUGUGCUUCAGCAGAAAUCGUUUGCCGAAUCCGCGUUGGCAGUAUUCAUAGUCGGCGCUGGAGUUCACUUGUCGCUUUUGCAAGAGUUGGCGUAUGUUGAUCCAAAUGUUGAUGAUCCCCAUCAAUCAUCCUACAUUAAAACCAUCCAGAAGUAUGCUCCUGAUUACGCUGAUCACGCAGAUAAAACCUGGAAAAGUGUGAAGACGUCGAGGGAGGCAUUGUUCACUGAGGUGACUAUAAAGAGCCAACCCAUACCAUCACCCGGUCGACCUCCAACUGACUUCCAUUAUACUUCCGAAUGGACCGACGAGUUGACGGGAGAAAAGUUUAAAGAUGCUACUGAUUUCAUCGGCGGAGUUUGGACGAAUGGUAACUACGCUGAUCUUGAAAAUCGUGCGAAUGCCAAACGUACGGAAUACAUCAAUACGACAAUAGCAGAGCUUCAAAAACAGAUGCACGACCCUCCACACGCAGCGGAAACAUGGAGAAAACUAGUCGAUCAACCCCUGCCAGUUGUGUCAUGUUCCCCUUGUAAUUUGCUUUGA